AUGGUCAGGGUUGCUGGAUCAUGGGCCGGAGACAUAUCCAUUGCCCGAGGGGCGUCUGAUCGUAGCUCGUUCGGAGACUCUUUCCAACAUUACUGUAAGAGAGCUUUUGCAAAAGGACCCAGUAAGGGUGAUGACGAGGACAAUAUUGUACAGUCCAAGAUAGAGGCGAGUGAGAGUCUCCGGCUCCGUGCAAAGAGUUAUCUCCUCUCGAGACCUGUUAUCAAGGGUUUCGAGGUAGAACAGCCAACUAAACAGCCCAUGGCUACAGGCCAAUCUGGCUGCUACUGCUCCAAGGAAGAAUGCUGCGGUUGGACCGAAGUCAACUGCUGUUGCGGUGGAAGAGUAGCUGAAUACGACCCGAAAUCAGAUGUCUUCGAAUACCACUGCCGAGCCGACUAUGGCACAGAGGAGCUGGCCUCUUCUCAUCAAAUGGCUUCAAAAAUUAUGUGUCACUCGAUGGCUGCGGCAGAAAUAGGCCCUCUGUGA